GGAGGAGGAGGAGGGCGAGGGAUGAGGCGAUGGCGGAGGGCGACGCAGCGGCGCUGAGGGCGUCGUCGUCGUCUCGGUCGUGGCGAGGAUGGAGGCGCCGAGCCAGGCGUCGUUGCUGCGGUUCCUGUCGGAGCGAGGCGGCCGGGCGCCCAACUCGGAGCUGCUGGAGCACUUCCGCGCCUCCCUGGAGUCCCCGGAGCCCCAGCGCCGAGCCUUGGCCCGGCAGCGCUUCAAGGAGAUGGUCAACGCCGUGGCCACCGUCAGGCAGGAGCCCGGCUCCGGGGCCAAGUACGUCCAGCUGCGCAAGAAGUACCUCAGGAACAGCAACAGCAGCAACGCCGACCACGCCGUCCCUCCUCCGCCAGAGUCUCCGAGGGGAAGAGAUGAGGGGGAAGCGGCGCCAGGGCAGCGAGAGGGGAGGACGGAGGGGCGCCCCGUGAUCGCCGGGGCCGAAGAUGAAGCUAAAGGGCGGGAAGGGGAGGCGGAGGUGGCGAAGGCGAGGGAGGAACGCGGAGCCCUGGCGGCGGCGGCGGCGGCGACCCCUCCGCGUGGCGGGAGGAAGGCCUUCCUGGAGCGGAGGGCGCUGGGCAGCUCCCCUCAGAUGAAGCGCGGGGGCCGGGACUCGGACAGCGCCUCGGUGGCCUCGUCUUCGGCGGAGGAGGAGGGCAACGGCGGGGGCUCGGUGGCGCUGGACCCCCUGGAGCACGCCUGGAUGCUCUCGGCCUCGGAGGGCCGCUGGGAGAGCCUGGAGGCGCUGCUGGGCUGCGAGCCCUCUCUGCUGGGGAAGCGGGACUUCGUGACGGGCUUCAGCUGCCUCCACUGGGCCGCCAAGCUGGGUCGGGCGGAGCUGCUGGCGCUGCUGGUGACCUUCGCCCGGCGCAGGGGCCUCUCGGUGGACAUCAACGCCCGCACCGCCGCCGGCUACACCGCCCUCCACCUGGCCGCCCUCCACGGGCACCUCGAGGUCGUCAAGCUCCUGGUGGGCGCCUACGACGCCGACGUCGAGCUCCGCGACUACAGCGGCAGGAAGGCCGCGCACUACCUGGGCGGCCGGGGAGGGGCCUCGGAGGGGCUGCGGGGGCUGGUCGGCGAGGAGGAGGAGGAGGAGGAAGGGGCCGGGACGGAGGCCCCCGGCGGGCGGUGGCGCCUCUCCCGCGUCCUCCCGGCCCAGCUCCUGGCCUCCCGCCUGCCCCACCUCCACCUCCACGGGGAGGAAGCCGAGGGCGCCGGCGGGGAGGCACGGGAACUCAGCAGGAAGGGCUCCGGCGGCGGCGGCGGCAGGAGGAGCAAGCCCCGGCUCAACAAGGUCCGCUUCCGCACCCAGAUCAUCCACACCACCCCUUCCUUCCGAGGGGAGCCCCAGGAGGACCCGGCGGCGGCGGAGGAGGAGGAGGAGGAGAAGGAAGGGGCCCAGGAGCGGCCCCCCAAGGGCUCCUUCAAGCUCAGGCCCAAGUCCAACGUCUUCGGGUAGAGAACGGAGCCCCGGCAGGCUGCCUCUUGCCACUGGAUGGGACGCGAUGGCUCCCCGGAUCCUUGGAUGCCCCUUGAACUGGAGGGAGGGCCCUAAGGGCAUCCGUUGCUUCUUGUACCUGGGGAGAACGGGGUGGCAAAGGAUCCCUGCUUACCUGAAAGUAUUCACUACUUGUACCUGGAUAGGAUGGCAAAGUAUCCCAGGCUUCAGCUGCCCUUAGAUUAUCCUCUGGGGAGGAGGGUAUUCAUUGCUCGUACCUGGAAAGGACGGGGUGGCAAACUAAGGGACAUUUUGGGGAGGAGGAUCCUGAGGGCAUUCACUGCUUAUUGUGAUGGGAUCGGAGGGCAAACUGCCCCUUAAACUCUCCUCUGGGGGGGAGGAGGGUCAUCCAUUGCCAGCACACAGAGAGAGAGGGCUACAAGGGGGACCGCCCCAGGGACUCUUCUCCAGCGGUGCUAGAGGGGAGCUAAUAGGUCAUUGUGCUGUUUGUGUGUCUUGGUUUACAAUGUAAGGUGCCCAGGGUCCUCAGUUCUUAUGCAGGUCAAGUUUUCUCUCUCUUUGCCCCAUAGGCGUUUGGUAGGAUGUUUCCAGAGUGUUUCUUUCCACACUCAAGCACUGAACAUUUAUGUGUGCAAUCUGUAAUGCUGUAGCCUUGGAUAAGGUGGGGGCCAAUGCCUUUAACCAUGGGGAAAGGGGUGGCACAUAGAAAACAAGCAUACAGGUGUUCUUCUCUGUAGAAUCUUGCUUUCUACAUGUAUACAUUUGACAUCUUUUUUGUUUUGUUUUUUGCCACUGGACUCUAAGUAUGUGGAAGUGGUUUACCACACAAUUGCACAUUCAUAGCCAAUGUGUGGUUCAUUCCCCAUGUUUGAAGAGAGAAAUACAAGGGUGAGAGGCAUUUGUAGAGGUAGCUAAGUGAUCAUGCAGGGAGGUUAACUGAUAGCACACACCACUAUCAGUUCUCCUUUGCAAGCACCUGAAAUUGGUGGUUACAAGGCAAACAUUUGCCUGAAGAGGUUGGGAAAGGGCCAAGCCCUAGUCCUCUCUCUCUCUCUCUCUUGCAGGUGCCUUCCUUGUCCACUCUCCUCAUCACAUGUUACAGUUACAAGGGAAAUACAGUUUGGGGGAUUCUGUUAGUCCUAAGGGACAUUUUUCAUAGCAAACAUACAUUUGGAAAAACAAUGUUCAUGGAACGCUUGUGAAUUGUUACAAUGCUAAUAUGUAAGACCUUUUGGGAGGUCUAGGAAGGGAACUUUCCCCAUGUUUAUCUAGUGCUAUUGUUUAUCAUUGAUUUGUUCAAAGUGGAGGACAUUUCAUUCCAAAGGUCUGG